AUGUUUUAAGUAGGAUUCAGAGUUUUUAGAGGACAUCACGUCACUUGAUUAACUUUUACAUAAAUUUGCUUGAAUCUGUAACUGUAAAGACCGGAAUUUUGACAAAGAUCUAUAGAUUAAAUUGUUAACGUCAGUGUUAGUCAAACCGGAAGUCAAUAGUCAGUGUAAUUUGGUAUUACAAUUUACGACAUUGAUAUUAACCUCCGCUUGUACAUAUUACGAUAUGAGUUAGAUUGUUUUUUAUAAAAAUAAAACGUAUUUAAAUAUGUUUCUCUAUUUAUUAAGUAUUUUAUCAUUAUGUGUCCAAGCAAUUUUUGUGACCCUAGCCAUAGCUGCUGGUUUAUACUAUCUGGCCGAGUUAGUUGAAGAAUACAGUGUAAUGGCAAAGUAUGUGAUAUCAUGGAUCGUAGUGGCCACUGCAGUCAUACACAUUGGCUUAAUAAUCUUUGAGGAUAUACCACUACAAUUAAACAGCUUAGGACUAUUUCAACAAUUUCUACAUGCAUUGUUGUUGAGAGAUUUCCCUGUGUUUCGGCUAACAAGUGUCACCUUUGUGUCGUCUGUGCUGAAUUUGAUUUUGCACCAUUACUUAGCGUUUAAGUUUUUUGGUACAACAUAUUAUGGCUUUUCAGAGGUGCUAGCAUACUUCACAUUAUGCCUGUGGAUAGUACCAUUCGCAUUAUUCGUGUCAUUAUCAGCCAACGACUAUGUCUUACCGACCACGGGCGAAAGACAACAUUUGCUUGGUGAAAACAAUGUGGUCACAGAUUAUCUAUCCCAAAAAGCGAAGAGAUAUAGUCUGUUGUCUUUCUUCAGUUUCGCCAAGGAUUCAAUAUUACCACAACGAAAUAAAAAAUCGUUUUGAAUGA